AGCCAUCAUGGCCUCAGGCAGAUGGUCGUGAGGGCUGCUCGGGGCCGUCGCCCCGCUCAUGGCGCCUGCGGCGCUGUAGCGGGGGCCGAGGCGCAUGCCUGACGACGCCGACUCCCUGUACAGCCUGCUCCGCAAGGCCAAGCCAGUCUGGAGCGGGCAGGAGCUGCGGAGGGUCCACGAAAAGCUCGGCAGGGUGGACAUCCGGGACGCGGAGUCGCUGGGCCGCGCCGUGUGCGAGGGCAGGCUGAACGCGGCCCUGGCCUCCGCGGGCGAGCGCCGGCUGAAGAGCUCCACGGUCACGCAGUUGAAGGUCCUGGUCCGCGACGUCCACAGGGCCAAGCAGGCGGAGCAGGAGAGCGAGUCCAUCACGGGGCUGCGCCGGUGCUACUGCGGGGACUGCCGCUACUGCGCAGCGGGCGCGCAGGCCCGCGAGCUGCGUCUGCGGGCGCAGGCCACGAGCGAACCGUGCCUCGUAUGGCCGCCCUCGCCAUCGAAGAAGAGCCUCGCGUCGCCGCGCCGGGCCUCCGGCCCGGCCUCGAGCCGGCGGCCGCCCGCCUUCGCGGGAGCGCAGUCGCCCGCCCUGCGCCGCACCGGGGAGUCCCUCGCGGCGGGCGCGGGCGGCCCGGGCCAGCGCAGCGCGGCCGACCGGCUGACGGCGCUGGGCAGCAGGCUGCGCGACACGACGGAGAGGCUGGCCAUGGUCAGCCAGGAGUCCGGCUCGCUGGGCAGCUGUCCCAGUCCCGCGACAGGGAUGAUCUCGGCAGCUUGGCGGCAGACCUCGCGGACCCGUUCGGGCCUCAGCUCCCGGCCGGGCGGCCGGGCCAGCGUCGAGAGUGCGGCGACCUUCUCGUCCGCGCCCUCGCACGGCAGGCCGUCCCUGCGCCACGCGGCAAGCGCCCGGUCGCUGCACGCCGGAUGAUCGCCGUGGAGGCGAGGGGCCCAGGUAGAGUCGACUGCACGUAAGAGUGACCCUUCGAAUGCCGGGACGGUCGGUCCCUGCUCAAAGCAGAGGCUUGUCUUCCUUUCGGCCCGAAUCAGGGGCUGCAGCCUGCAGGCCAGAGGGGGCGUCAUCACCCGCUUCCCCCACGCCACGAUCAGGUCGCGGCCAGCGCAGCGCGACCGAUGCCGAAGCUGCGGAGAAAGUCA